GACAGAAGGGUCGUAUUUUUUUAUAGAGAGAGAGGGGCUCUAUUUGUUUAGAGAGAGAGAGGCCUGAGGAACAAGUAUGCAGCAAUUGUUUGGGAGCACGGAGGCUCCACCUCCUCCCAUAAAUCGAGCUCGAUGCCUGUACAUGUUCAAUCGCAAUGGCGUUUGCCUCUUUUACAGGGAAUGGCUUCGUCCCCUCAAAACCCUAAGUCCACAACAGGAUCAUAAGCUCAUGUUUGGUCUCCUUUUCUCCCUCAAGUCCUUCACUACCAAGAUGGAUCCCGUCAUUGCUGAUAAAGGAAAUCUUGGGGUCCCACAAUUACCAGGUCAAGGAUGCUCUUUUCAUAGCUUUCGAACAAACACAUACAAGCUGAGCUUUAUGGAGAGUCCCUCUGGGAUUAAGAUCAUCUUGAUCACAGAUCCCAAAAUGAGUGAUCUUCGGGAACCCUUGAGGUAUAUUUAUAACUUGUAUGUUGAAUACGUGGUCAAGAAUCCACUCUAUGUUCCUGGGAACCCAGUCAGGGGUGAGCUGUUUAAUACAACACUCGAUCAGUAUGUGAGGACCCUGUCUUAAUUGCAUCUUUGAGAUGCCGUACACAUUUUGCGUUUGAAGAUGAGCAUUCCGGAGGGCCCAUUAUUGAGUUUUCUUGUCAGCUGAGGUCUUCAGCAAGACUUGGAACUCCAAGUGGCGUCUGAUUUACAGCGCUCCAUGUUUCAUGCUUGAAUUUUCAGUUUAGGAUUGGGUCUGCCCUAGUCUUUUGUUUUUUUUUCUUUUUUUGCUGUGUUUAAUUUGCUUUUUCAAUUUUUCUGUGCCCAUCUCCAUUAUAUGAUAAUUUGUGGUGAACAUGAAUACUAAGAUGUGCAUGAAAUGUGAAUGGGAAGGCUAGGGAUGGGCACGGGCAAUGUAAGAUUGUUGUCAUUGAAACCAAAAGAUUUUCGGGAGUGUACUAUCCAUA